AUGGGAGCGCACAGGCGGGGAGUCAUUCUGGCCAUGCCGGCCACUUGGGUUGCGGUCCUUCUCUGCGUGACUACUUCGGUGUAUGCAGUGGAAGAGACAGUGAUGGAUACAAGGACAGCGACAGCUGAGCUUGGCUGGAUAUCAUUCCCGGCCAAUGGAUGGGAGGAGGUGAGUGGCUAUGAUGAGAACCUCAACACCAUCAGGACGUACCAGGUGUGCAACGUGUUUGAGCCCAGCCAGAACAACUGGCUCCUCACAACUUACAUCGACCGGCGGGCGGCGCAGCGCAUCUACGUGGAGAUCCGCUUCACCGUACGUGACUGUGCCUCAAUCCCCAGUGUCCUGGGAUCCUGCAAGGAGACGUUCAACCUCUACUACCUGGAGACCGACAGGACUGUGUCAGAGGGCAUCAAAGGGGUGGAGUACUGGGCCAAUGCACCUUUUCUUAAGGUGGACACCAUCGCAGCCGAUGAGAGUUUCUCCCAGGUUGAUUUUGGGGGAAGGCUAAUGAAGGUGAACACAGAAGUUCGGAGUUUUGGGCCGCUGUCCAAAGGCAGAGGCUUCCACUUGGCUUUCCAGGAUCUGGGUGCUUGCAUGUCCCUUCUGGCUGUCAGAGUGUUCUACAAGAAAUGCCCCAGCAUAGUACAGAACUUUGCUUUUUUCCCCGAGACACUGACUGGAGCAGAGUCCACCUCAUUAGUCAUUGCCAGAGGAAGCUGCAUUCCCAACGCUGAGGAAGUUGACGUGCCCAUAAAGCUCUACUGUAACGGUGAUGGAGAGUGGAUGGUUCCCAUCGGCAGCUGCAGCUGCAAGGCGGGUUAUGAGCCAGACAAUGGCAACGUGUGUCGAGCUUGUCCUCAGGGCACCUUUAAGUCCUCCCAGGGGGCAGGAUUAUGUCAGCAAUGUCCGCUCAACAGUCGCUCCACCAUCGAGGCCGCCACCCUCUGUGGUUGUAGGAACGGCUAUUACCGUGGAGACAUGGACAAACCUGAGGACAUGUGCACCAGUGUCCCUUCAGCUCCUCGCAAUGUGGUCUCAGUUGUCAACCAGACAUCAGUGCUGCUGGAGUGGCACUCGCCACGUGACAUGGGGCACCGUGACGACUUGUCAUACAACGUCUUGUGCCGCCGGUGCCACAGCAACGAGCGCAGAGCAUGUCAGCCGUGUGACGACAGUGUCGCGUUUGUUCCAGGCAAGCGGGGGUUAAAGGAAACAAGGGUGGAGAUCAGCAAGCUGCGGGCCCACACUUCCUACACCUUUGACAUACAGGCAAUCAACGGAGUCUCCAACAAGAGCCCUUACCCCGCCCAGCAACUGUCAAUCAACAUUACAACCAAUCAGGCUGCUCCCUCAGUAGUUCCCAUAAUGCACCAAGUGAGUUCAACGAGCCGCAGUUUCUCGUUGUCAUGGCCACCGCCCGAACAGCCCAACGGAAUUAUCCUCGACUAUGAGAUACGAUACUAUGACAAGUCCCAGUCGUCAGUCCUGAACAGUUCAGUGGUGCAGAGCGAGACGCCCAAUGUGGUUCUGGAGGGACUGAGGCCUGGGACCGGUUACGUGGUCCAGGUAAGGGCUCGUACAGUGGCCGGCUACGGAGCCUACAGCAAGGAGAUGCUCUUCCAAACACUCACCGACGAUGAGUAUAAGUCAGAGCUGGGCCAGCAGCUCUCCCUGAUUGCAGGCUCUUUAGUAGGCGGAGUGUGUAUCGUCUCAUUGGUAGCUAUUGCCAUCAUCUGUUCCAGGAGAAGGCAGUUGAAAGAGAGUGUGUACGGUGACAAGCUGCCACAGUACAACACCGGAGGAGAGGUGACUCUGAGGCCUGAUAUGUUCAGUGGUCCCACCCCGACUGUGACCUUUCCCACCCUGUCUGAGGGUCACAGUUCACCAGGGGUCAAGAUCUACAUCGACCCCUUCACCUACGAGGACCCCAACGAGGCUGUGCGGGAGUUUGCCAAGGAAAUUGACCCGUCCUGUGUCAAAAUAGAGGAAGUCAUCGGAUCAGGUGAGUUUGGCGAGGUGUACAAAGGCCGCCUGAAGCCUGUUGGGAAAAAAGAAAUUCCUGUGGCCAUCAAGACCCUGAAGGUGGGCUACUCUGAAAGGCAGAGGAGGGACUUCCUGUCCGAGGCAUCAAUCAUGGGCCAGUUUGACCAACCAAACAUCAUCAGGCUGGAGGGCGUGGUCACCAAGAGCAGGCCCACGAUGAUCAUCACAGAGUUCAUGGAGAACGGAGCUCUUGACUCAUUUCUCAGGCAGAAUGAUGGGCAGUUCCCAGUGAUCCAGCUGGUUGGUAUGCUGAGGGGCAUUGCAUCCGGAAUGAGGUACCUAGCGGAGAUGAGUUAUGUUCACCGUGACCUGGCAGCUCGGAACAUCUUGGUUAACAGUAACCUGGUGUGCAAGGUGUCUGACUUUGGCUUAUCUCGAUAUCUAGAGGAGGACACCUCUGACCCCACCUACACCAGCUCACUGGGUGGUAAAAUCCCAGUGCGGUGGACGGCUCCAGAGGCUAUCGCCUACAGGAAGUUCACGUCAGCGUCAGAUGUCUGGAGUUAUGGGAUUGUCACCUGGGAGGUGAUGUCAUACGGAGAGAGACCUUACUGGGACAUGAGCAAUCAAGAUGUGAUAAAUGCCAUAGAGCAGGAUUUCAGGCUGCCGGCUCCGAUGGACUGUCCAGUAGUCCUGCACCAGCUGAUGCUGGACUGCUGGCAGAAAGACAGGAACGCUCGGCCAAAGUUCCCCGAUAUCGUCAGCAUGUUGGACAAAAUGAUACGCAAUCCUGCAUCUCUCAAAGCCGGUACCAACAACGUGGCCCCUGGUCCUUCCCCUCAUCCCUUGUUAGACCGUGGAGCUCCAGACCUGAGCAGGGUGAGCUCAGUAGAAGACUGGCUGGCUGCUCUGAAGAUGACCCAGUAUCGAGACUCCUUCCUGGGCUCUGGUUUCACCUCUUUGCCGCUUGUCACACAAAUCACAGCCGAAGAUCUUCAGAGAAUCGGAGUGUCUCUUGCGGGACACCAGAAGAAAAUCCUGACCAGUGUUCAGCUGAUGAGGCACCACGUUGAUGACCAAUCUCCCACUGAAUCUGUGUAA